GAGGCCAAGGCGCGGGAGGCCGAGUUCGACACCCUGAAGUGCAGCGGCUGCGGCGAGAAGGCCCCCUUUGUCGUGAAGGCGCGCUACUUCAACCGGCCGACCCAGUGGCUGCGCCCGGGCGUCCGUUGCGAGAGCUGCCUGGCGACCGCCUCCAUCGA